AGUUAGUAAGCUCGCGUUCGCGGUACUGCAAAGACGUCUACUAUUCGUUCGUUGGACUCCGUUGAUUUCUCAAUUAAAGAGAGAAAGAGAGAAAGAAAAAAAAAAACUAGAGAAGGAAAGAGAGAGAGAGAGAGAGAGAGAGAGAGGGAAAGAAAAAAAAAAGAAAGAAAGAAAGAAAGGUGUUCAACUUAGAGAGAAUAAUAAAUUGGAACUCUGGCGAUCGAGUGAGGUGGACUUUCAAGUGCAAACCACCGUCACCGCCACCGUCAGCAAUACUACUACUACCACCACCACCUUCUUCAUUACCACCACCACUACCACCACCACCACCACCACCAUCACCACCACUAUCACCACUAUCACCACCACCACUAGCACCAUCACCACCACUACCAUCUCCACCUCCACCACUACCACCACCAACAACCCCCCAAGUUGGGUGGUCACUUGCGAGGGUGGCCUCAAACGUCGUCCUUCGUCCUUUCUCAGUCUCCGUCCGUGAGUCGGCUCCGGCCGACUUCUUCGACUCCUUCUUAGUGUCUUUCUCCUUUUUUCUUUCUCUUUCUACCAUUUCUCUCUCUCUCUCUCUCUCUCUUUCUCUUUCUCUCUCUCUUUUUUCUCUCUUUGUCACUUUCCCCUCUUCUCCAUCCGCGCGUUGUUGAUUCGACGGCCAUCGAUGUCAGGGGUCAGAUGAUGAAAAUUUCUUUUCUCCGCCUGGUAGCCAGGUGAGAGUAAAAAAAAAACGUCAGCAUCUAUGAAGGACACGUGGGAUCAGCUAAGAUGAGACGCUUCGACGAUGUCCGUGGUACCCGUAAAAUCGGAGCGUCGCCUCCAUUUCGUGUUCUCACGACACGAGAUUCUUCCUAUCUCGGCACGUCGUCGUCGUCAUCGUCGAUCAUACCCCAACCAAGAUCGACAACGUCACCAAAAAUACAAUUACCACCAGCUCAACCUCCAACACCGCCACCACCAACCGCACCGGAUCCUUAUAAAUUGGUGCCAGCUGGUACGGCCCUUGGUAGGGCCCAUCGUCGUUCCAGUUUCGUGAUAAUCGCUGAAAGUAGACCAGCCACUCCAGAAUUAAGAAGUGUCUCGCCUACUCAACCACUAGGAAGGGUUUCGCCAUUUCGAGGUCGUGGUUUCAAGGGUCCACCACCUAGAUCAAGACCAGACUCACCGGAUGAUUAUCUUGAUCUAAGAAAGAGCCAUCAAAGAAACGUUCGAAAUGAUUCGAGAGUAUCCCAACAGAGCAGUCCGAGGAAGAGUUUGAUACCUCAACCGACCCGACGGCGAUCAGUUUCUCUUAGCAAAACAACAGAUGAUAGAAUAUCACCAAACAUUGGACGUCGUGAUGAUAAGAAAAAUUGGCUGAGCGUUCAUGGUAGUAUCGACAAUGUCAAUGACGGCCGUAGAAAUAAUCAUUUAAACGAUUCAUCAAAAUUGAGACGCGAUCGGGGAAUAAUUAGAACACCAUCGAAACUUUCACCGAUUCGUGGUACACCAACGAGAGUUGACAAAUCAAAUUUACGUACAGUAACAACGAGAGAUUCUAAAAAUGUUAAAAAUCUUCAACGGAAUACAACGACGACGGUUAAUUCCGUUUCACGUUUUAUAUCGCCACCGAAGAACAUUCAAAAAAGGGAAAGAUUUAUAACGACCGAUGAUAACGUGACGCCCAUCAAAACAUCAAGAAUACCAUUGAAAAACAAUGGAUCAAAAGGUUCGUCAAAUAUCAGCAUGUCCGAGAUAUCGAGAAACAAGGAAAUCAAUGAUAACGAGAAAAUCGAUCAAAUGAAAGAUACGAUUAACGUGAACAACAAUGAAUCAACGAGAAAUGAUAAUGUGAAGGAUCAAAUUGGUUUAACGGAUCUUUUGAAAAGGACAUCCGGUGUAACUGGUACGUCAAGUGUCGUUAAUACGACAACGACUACAGCUGUACAACCAUUACGUAUCGAUAAUUCAAGAAUUCCAAUAGAUACGACGAAAGUCGAAGGACAAUUCAUUGACAUAACAAGAAAAUCUGAAUCGUCAUAUUUAAAAAACGAUGAUACGAAUGGUAAUAAAUCGAGAUUGUUAAAUGGUCAAAAUCAUGAUGAUAAAAAUAAUAGCCGAAAAAAAAAUACACCAUCGACUUAUGGUACACCAACAAAAGCUAACAACGAACAACGUUAUUCGAUGACUAACAAGGAUGGUGCUAGUGAUUCAUCGGGUGGUAGUAAUUCGAACAAUCCCAUUAAAUCUCGUUUAAAUAGCGCACGAACUAAUAGAGUUUACAAUCGUACAACCAGCCGUGAACGUUUCGACGUUUCAAAGGAAAACGAUUCCGUUAAUUCAAAGACAAGUUCCAAUACGAGAAAUUCAAAGAAUUCAAAGUCGAACAAACGAUCGAAUUUCAUCGAUGAAAUAUCACCAGUUUCAAAUAAUUCCAUUUUAGAAAAUGAUAGGAAAGAAAUUGAGAUCGUCAAAAUAAUUACCGAUACUGAUAAAAACGUUAACGAUGGAAACUCAAUAAUUAGUAACGAAGUUAUCGUCAUUAAUACGAUCGAUGGUGGUACGAUUAAUAAUAAAACGAUGACAGAUGAUAACACGUCUUCGUCUAAAUCUAACAAGGUUAUUGGAAAUAGAGUAAUAACUGAGGCAACCGUUGAAACUGAAACAUUGAGGCAAAACGUUAUUGAUCAAGGAGAAAAUGUUUUCGUUUCGUCGAACGAAACGGAGAGAAUAUCUGGGACAAUGUCAUCAUUGAAAACAAACGUUAAAGGGAAUGAGAUAAUAACUAAUACGAUGACAACAACAACAACGACAACUACGACUGUUACGUCUAUGUCACGAACUAAUGGUAUUUCUGUUAAUUCCAUUGGUGAUUCCGGAACGAUCGGUAAUGUUCCUUUAAAAACUGUUCAUACACGUAAUAUUCAGAAUCAUGGGAAUGGAAAUACACCGAAAAGGCCAUUGACCCAGCUUUCUACUGGAUCUAAUGAUAGUGAACGAUCCACUGAUACUGGGGUCAGUGUUGAUACCGUCAAAGGAGUUUCCUCGCCAAGAGUGAAAAGCGGAAUGCAUGUGGUCAAACGACCGGAUGAGAUCGAGACAUUGAGCGGAAACGUGAUGAGACCAGAACAAAAUGGCGAUCCAACGGCGUUGCAGACAGCAGGUGAGCCCAACUCGGAGGAAGAUAGGCCAAGUGCCGACAAGCCCCUUAGUCGAUGGAAAAGGACCUUGGGCCGUUAUUACGAACGUUUUCCAACUAUGAGAUGUUUAGCAUGUCGACGUAAUUCUAAAAUCCUUUCGUGGUCCAGAAAGAGGGAAACAACUACUAUGGGAAAUGAACCAAUGGAAACGAGACAUGACAUUGCCGAUGAUAUACCAAUCGAUUGUUGGUCCAAAUUCAAGAAAAGAUGCAGAUGUCAACGUCCAAAGGGAAUUAGAUGCUGCGCAAGAAGGGACAGAGUCGCACCGGACGAGCCCAAUAUUUGUUUUCCACCGGAGAGAAGAUUAUCCGCCCUUUGCCAACGGCUUUUUGCCAGUUGCAAAUGUAAAUGUGCGGACGUACAACGCACAAGGGAUAUACGUGCCAAGCCCAGUCUGACUAGUGUCGCGCCCCCUCCACUUUCCGAGGAGCCAAAGGCUAAAAUACCUGACGUUUUGGUGGAGCACAACUCUUUGAUGCGAGGUGCCAUUCCUUGUAUGCCAGUUCCACUAGCUUGGUUUUGUCUCGUAUUUAACGUCUUGCUACCUGGUACAGGGACAGUUUGGAGCGGACUAUUCAAUCUUUGCACAGGACAGCCAAGAUUUUCGGCAGUGGCCGGUUUAAAGGCAAGAUUUGGUGCAUUUGUCGUUAAUCUUAUAGUAGGCGUCAGCCAAUUAUUCACAGUACUAUUUUGUCUCGUUGGAUGGGGUUGGAGCGUUUGGUGGGGUGUAACGAUGGUUCGUUUGGCAAGAAAGUACAAAAGAUAUAAAGCUUCGGAAGCUGCAAAUGGUGAUCCAGAGGCAAGAACAGGCGAAGGAUCUGGCAUACCACCUGGAUUACCUAGUCAAUCAUUGAGAGGAAUCGAAAGAGCACGUUGAAAUAUCGAUUUAAUUAUAUUUCCUUGGCUUCACAUCUUCCGAUCGAACGUGAACGUUCGUUCUUUGACGAUCGAAAAUGAUCGAUUAAAUGAUAGUUAUUCUUUUUA